AUGGACGAUCAUUAUCUUGCGGAGUAUCAGAAGCUUGGACCCUUUAUCAAAGUUCUUCCCAACUCCAGUUGUCUCUUGAAUCAAGAAAUUCUCAGAGUUUCUGGAAUGUUGUCCAAUCAAGGUUUUGGUGACUUAGACAGACUACGGGACAGAAGCUCUAGUCCUAUGGCUUCUUCAAACCUAAAAUCCAAUGUCACUGCCACAUGGAUGACUGGAUGGGAUGGUUUUCGGCAAGAGAGAUUAUGUGGAGCUCCUGGAAUGACCAUGGACUGGAAAGGUGCACCUGCAAGUCCUAACUCAUACAAUAUAAAAAGGAUUUUGCGUUUGGAAAUUCCUGUUGAUACAUACCCUAAUUUAAAUUUUGUUGGAAGACUUUUGGGACCUAGAUGA